CUUGAAAUAAUACGCAACAACGAAAUCAUAACUUAUAUAAUAUAGAAAACGAUCGCAAAAAAAACUACUACUAUCACUAACAGCGUCAUUUUGUUUUCAAUAUUGAAGCGAAAUACACGUGGCAUAAACAAUACUGCAAUGUAUGUUAAACUAUUAUAUUUAAUAUCAUUAAAUUUUCAGUCAAAAUUAAAACGACAAAAGUAAUGUAUGAUUUUCAUUUACCGUUACUGUACUAGUGGAAAAAAUAUACCAAAAGCUAGAAAAGUUGGUAAUUUGAAAAAUGUGCAGAAAUGAAAGAUCACCGAGUAUGCACGUUUGAUGCUGUAAACAUCGCUACAGCGUUUGCGCGUCACUAUUGGUUAUAAUCACAAAGACCCAAUGAAAGUUGACUGCGUAAAAUAACCGGCAUUCAUCGUUUAUGCUACGAAUUGUGUUUCAUCUCGUGCAAUAAUCAAACGUUGGUUUUGUUAUGUGAUUGUUGCUGGUUUUCCACAAUUAUAGUCAAUUCGAUUUCUUCCUCACUAUGGCGUUUAAUUCCGGACAAAAUGGCGUACGAACGGAGUUUAGUGUUUCUGAUUGCGGGAUUGAUGAUGAUGUUUUCUUGCUUUGGAUUUAUUGCUGAACGCUCAGAAAACGUUUCAGCCACGUGGAACACCGCGUCUUCAACGGAAACAGAGGGUAAGCUUGGUCACACUGGUGACAUGAAAACGGAAGUGACUGGUAUCGACAAGGCAUUGCCAGUCUCAGACGCGAAGACGUCGACGGAAACCGCCGAACAAACAAGUCCUGAUGCUGCUCGUGAAAGGAAAUUCGAUUUCAUCUUAGAGAAUAUCGAAAACGAGACGAAUUUCGAGAAGAUCGUCAGAGGCGCUAGAACGAAUUCUGCUAAGGAUGAUUCGGUGACUGACAGCGCCACUUCCGCUCCGCGGAAUGUCGUUUUGGUUAUUGCCGAGACUGGUCAAGAUGGAGACGACUUUUGGAAGGAUUUUAGAUACUCGCACUCGUUUCCGGUUGACGGAUUAUUGCAGAAUUGCAACGGUGGUGACUUAAAAACUGCAAGAUUUUCCUUGGAAAGUGCAUUAAUUUCCGGAAGCAAGGAUAAGAAAUGUGACUGCGAACGCUUCCUGGGUUCGAAUAUUGCAGCACUGUUGCUCUGGGCUCGAGACGUUAAAGGAAUGACGAUAGCCUCAUUGUCCAACACGAAUUUCACGAUUCCACCGUUGUUCGAGUACGAAGAGUCAGUCGCUAUACAAAGAGAACUGGACGAUCCUGACAAAAACAACAUGAAACUAGAAAUUCGCAAGAUUAAACCAGAAAUUCACGGUAACUGGCACACUAUAGAUCUAGGGAAGCCAUUUCAUCGUGCGUCUCCAUUGAUUCCGCCAUUUAAUAACCGAGAAGACGAUGCAGGCGAAACAAUGUGGAACGUGUUCGACAUGUUCUCCAAAAUAAGACUCGCUUUGUUCCGCUCUUUACUGGACUCUCUUGGAGGAAACACGGAAAAUGUAGAGAAUUCGGGUCCUUAUAGUUCGUAUAUUCGGCGGUCUACCUUGGCAAACAUAAUUGCAAAAUUGAAGGCUGUUGAAAAUGAGAAAGGCUUUAUAUUAACUGUUACUGUGCCUGCGAGUGAACUUAAUUCCGUGGUGGAACUCUUACAGAAAGAAGUAUCUCAAGAAACGCUUUUGGUGGUGACUGGAGUUUGCUCCGAGGGCAUUAAACUAGUGCCAUUCUUCGCCCAAGGACCAGCAGCCAAGAUGAUUCGUGAGACAAGGAUAAUGUGGGAUCUACCUAUGACCAUUGGACACGCCAUUGCGAGUGGUUGUCAGGGUUCAGGUUGCAGAUCGCGACGACAUGACAUUUCUUCACUUCCAAUGACCAAAUUGAACAACGUCCCGCAUAAUGUGGCAUUUUUUAAGAGGACAUUGCGAGAUGUUGAGAAAAAAACGAACAACGACAGCAAACCAGAUGUUUCAGUUUCUAAGGAACACGAGGUCAAGAAAGUUGCAGCUUUGAAUUCAAAGAUGUUGCUGAUUCAACCGACAGAGGAGAUGUCGAAGCAGAUCCGCGUGGAGCUGAACGAAAAUGUAGCUACGCGCGACAAAGACGUUGAAAUUAUCAAAGAAUGGCUGUCCAAGCAACCACAUUUGCCUCCUUUUGAUGAUGACGCUAGAAUAAUGACAUUCCUUCGAGGUUCGAAAUUUUCCUUGGAAAAAUGCAAGAAGAAGCUGGACAUGUAUUUUACUAUGAGAGCAGCGAUCCCUGAAUUCUUUACCAAUCGAGAUAUCACCAGACCGGAAUUGAGAGAGAUUACUAAAAUUGUACAAAUACCGCCAUUACCCGGUCUGACAAAAAAUGGCCGACGUGUGAUCGUGAUGAGAGGUAUCGACAAGGACCUGCCAACCCCUAACGUAGCCGAAGUAAUGAAACUGGUUCUCAUGAUCGGCGACGUGCGUCUAAAAGAAGAACAAGUUGGCGUCGCUGGCGACGUUUAUAUUCUGGACGCGAGCGUCGCGACGCCGGCUCACUUCGCGAAAUUCACCCCUGCCUUGGUGAAGAAGUUUCUAGUUUGCGUUCAAGAGGCUUAUCCGGUGAAGCUGAAGGAGGUGCACGUGGUGAACGUCAGUUCUGUAGUCGACAGCAUCGUUAAUUUCGUGAAACCAUUCCUUAAGGAGAAAAUACGCAACAGGAUUUUCAUGCACAGCGACAUGAACACUCUCUACGAGUACAUUCCCAAGGAGAUAUUACCGACUGAGUAUGGCGGUGACGCUGGCCCCAUUCAGGCUAUUCAAGACACCUGGAUAAAGAAGUUGGAAGAAUAUGGACCAUGGUUCGCGCAACAAGAAUCUGUUAAAACAAACGAGAUGCUCCGACCAGGGAAACCAAAGACUCACGACGAUUUAUUCGGUCUGGAUGGAUCAUUCCGGCAAUUGAUGAUCGAUUAGUGCCAGAAAAAUCGACAAAUUCAUAACUUCGUGCAAUUCUUUCUCAUCUUGCUUAGGUGAAAAGAAUAAAAAAAAGCUGAGAAGAGACAUCUCCAUGAUAUUCAAAUAUUCAACUCAAACGUUACGUUAUGGUUCGGACAGUGAGGUUUAUAAUUUGCGAUAUAUGCAAUUGAUGUUCCAACAAGAAAUAGUAAACAAUGUUGCGAUAUAAAUGAUAUAAAACAGAAAAGGCAAAUUUCAUAGUAAAUUUGAUUGACUGAUUGAUUUUAUAUGAGCCUCAACUGCCAUGAUCAUUAGCCCAUUUCAUAGUAAAUGAAGAAAUAACGAAGUUCAACAUUUUGUACGCAUAUAAAGAUUGAGUGCAAUAUUAUCAAAAUGGUGGCAGGAAAAUCUGACCAAAGAACAUUGAAUUAAUUUUGAAUACUUUUAAUUCAGUAAUUGAAUAUAUUUUUAUCAUAAAAUGAUUUUAUUAAAUUAUAGAGUUAAACUUUUAAUUGUAACAGUGUAAUUUUUGUAAUGGUCAUGAUGUAACGAAACAAAUACAUUUUCGAAUAAUUUUACGGUGCACUUAUUAACUGUGAAGUUUUACUUCUAGAAAACAGAUGUGAGAAUGGUAGUAACUCCAUUGCUGCUACUUCUUGUCGGAACACUCAUCACUUGCGGUUUAACACUUUAAUGGUCUCAUAUUUCAUGGGAUACUCUUGUAACGUUAUAUUCUUUCUUGUAUCGAGGAGAAAAGUCUAUCGAUGGAAUUAAGUACGCCACAGAAUUAUCAGUUUGAAAAUUGAGCUAUUUAUUUUGAAAGUGGACAAGUCUAUUUUUGAAGAAAAUGAAGAUUAUAGUAGUAGAUAAAAUGUAAUGUGAUAUUUUUAUUUGUAAGCAAUCUAUAGUGAAUGCAAUUCAAAUUUAAUAUUUGGGCGAUGGAAGUUUGGGUAAUUAAGGGUAUUGGAAAGAUGUUUAUUCUGAAGGUGAUGCAAGUCUACUUUAAGUUAAUAUUAUUUUUAGCUGAAUUACUGCAUCUAAAAUUUAAAAUACAGUGUUUGUUGAAUUUUGUAAAGUUUUGGUAGUAUGGAUAAUACUGUAAAAAAUUAUAAAUUGAAUAAUAUUGAUGGCAUAACCUCAAAAUGAGUGAGGAUUUGUAGGACAGUCUAGGUAUUACUGUAGAUUUCUACUAUUAGCUUGCAAGUUCUAGUUCAAUUCCUAAUUAACAUAAUACUCAACAAAAUCGAUACGUUUCGUGUUUCACUAUCGGCGCAUAGAACUCCUUAAAAAUUUCAAUGUUAUUUGAAAAACAAAAUCAAUUACGAAUUGUGCUUUAUUUCAUUAAGUUGAUAUACCUGAAAAUGAAACUGGCAGGUAAUAAGAAAAUAAAAAACUUUUCUGGCUAAUAACGCUACUAAAAAUCCACAUUUUUAAGGAAUUUUAUUAUUCUUAUUAUGUUUAUAACAAUAAGAGCUAGAAUUGGGAAAAAAAGAAUCUUAGAAUCAGAAUCUGAAUACGAGGACAAUUCAGACAGAAAAUAAUAAACGUAAGGUGAAGUGGAGCAAGUUCGUAAACGGGGCAAGUGCGUAUACAGGCUAUUUUUAU